AUGAGCAUUGCUGAACAGCCCGGUUGCAGCAAUUCCGGCCGGGGGAUUACUGUGAAUCGACAGCGACAAGAGGGAAAUCCCGUUUUGAAGUAUGUGCGAAACGUUCGAUUCGAAUGGGGCGAUAUACCGGUCGAUUUUGAAGUUGGCCGUGACUGCGGUGUCUUAUAUCUGGCAUUGACGUACCAUCGGAAACAACCACAUUAUAUCCAUUCGCGCAUCGAUCCACAUACCAAGCACAUGCUCUGGGAGCUGAAUAGACUGUGUGCGACAAGCCAGUGGACGCUGAUCUUAUGCUAUAGCGUCGAAGAAGCAGCAGAAUACCUUGAGAAUUUGAAGCUAUCAGAAAAUCGCGAUCCUAGCUAUCAGAGCAAAAAGGGACCGGUGCCAAAGGAUGAGCGAGAGCGUCUACUCAAUGCCGCAAUUGGCGUCCUUACGGGUGCGCGCAGCGUGACGAAGACCGAUGCCAAGCAUUUACUCGCGACUUUCGGGUCAUUGAGUGAAAUCGCGAAAGCUACGGAAGAGCAACUGGCACUUUGUCCCGGCCUGGGGCCGAUCCGCGCGAAGAACCUUCACACAUAUCUACGUACAAACCUACGGAACCAGUUAUUUAAACCCCAU